UCCAUAUGAUUACGUCAAGCGUCAAAGAUUCUGAGUCUAGAUUGUGGACUCAGAAUCGUUACUGCUAGCCGUAAUCGUCGGGGUAAUUUUAUUAAUACUCCUUUUCGCAGGCAUUUUGUUCUGCUGCUUGAAAUGUCGGCGGAAGCCGAAAAUAGUGGCUUUCGUAACAACAGACCAACAAGUAAAACACGCUUAUAUCUGUUGCACUCCCGUGACGGAAUGGUUGGGGAACUUGUGAUCGUAUUUUUUCACAGCAUUUUCGGUGCAAUCGAUCAUAUCCGUCUAUACAACGCCAACGUUUGUCUGAGAGUGGUACGCCGUGCGUGUGACCUUUUUCCCUUGCAAAAGGUCAGUUACACCUGCGGCGCGGAUGCCUACAAGGCCAACGGCAGCGAGGAUCUCCGUACUAUGCAAAUGAGUACUGUAGUUGCAUUACACGGCAAUGUGGAACUAGCAUGCUACAACAGCGUAAACGUCAUCGUUCCAGUACGGCCAGAAAUCCACCAACAAGUAGUAAACGUUCCCUGGUACGAAGCAGACUACGAUGCACAGCACUAACAACGCGAAGACACGGAAACUCUU